UUUGGUCUAGGCAGUGCCUAUCAGAUAGUGAAGUUUCAUCUGCACACAAUCAGGAUGGCAACAAAAGGACAUUUUUCUACUCCAGUGCUGUGCCUGCUUCUCCUCUUCAUUCCGGUCUCCCUGGGUGCUGAUGAAUUGAGGCUGUCAAAUGGAACUGGACCCUGCUCUGGGAGAGUGGAAGUAAAACAUGAGGAGCAGUGGGGAACUGUGUGCGAUGGUGACUGGACCAUAGAAGAUGCUGAGGUUGUUUGUAAGCAACUACAAUGUGGAUCUGCUGUUCAGGCCCUUAAUCGAGCUCCUUUUGGAGAAGGAUCUGGACCAACGUGGUUGUAUCGAGUUGACUGUCGUGGUGAUGAAUCCACUCUCUGGAACUGCUCACAUACAGGAUGGGGUUCUUUUACCUGCCCUCAUUACUUUGAUACUGGAGUGAUCUGCUCAGGUUUUUCUGGGCUGCGUUUGAGUGGAGGGGACACUGCCUGCUCUGGACAUCUGGAAGUAAAGCAAGAAGAAACUUGGGCUACGGUCUGUUUUUCACACAUUGAUUUCAAAACUGCCUCUGUUAUAUGUAAUGAGUUAGAGUGUGGCCAGGUUGUGGAAAUCUUGAGAGGAACUCACUUUGGAGACAGACGUGAACUGAUCUGGCAAGAAGAGUUUCGCUGUGUAGGGAAUGAGACUCACCUUGCACACUGUCCCAGGAAGCUGCACCAUAGUAAGACAUGCUUUCAUGAUGCCACUGUUGUAUGUUCAGGCUAUGGUGGCUACAGGCUGGCAAAUGGCAGUACCACAUGUUCAGGGAGAGUAGAGCUUCUUCAUGGAGGCACGUGGGGAACUCUGUGUGACUACCUGUGGGAUCUACCAGCUGCCAAUGCCCUCUGCCAACAGCUGGACUGUGGAGUUGCCCUACUGAUACCAGGUGGACAAUCCUUCGGGAAAGGAAAUGGAUCUGUCUGGAAUGGCACAUUCAGCUGCAAGAAGAAUGGCUCACACCUGAGAGACUGUCCUGUGAGUGUGCUAGGUCUUGAUGAAUGCCCUGCUGGAAAAGAUGCACGUGUGGUAUGUUCAGGGUGCUCAGGGAGCAGGUUGGUGAAUGGCACCACGUGCUCUGGCAGAGUGGAGAUCCGCCAUGGAGACACAUGGGGAAGACUCUGCCGCUCCCACUGGAAUUUGCAAGCUGCCAACGUUCUCUGUCAUCAGCUGAACUGUGGCUACGCAAAGUCAAUCCAGACAGGAGACCGUUUUGUGGAUGGGAAUGGGCCUGUAUGGAGAGAUGCUUUUCACUGUGAAGGGACAGAGUCCUGCCUGUGGGACUGUGGUCAAGUGACUUUGGGCAAUCCAACCUGUUCGGCCAAAGAAGCAGCCACUGUUAUUUGCUCAGGUCUUGCUGAAUCACUCAGACUCUCAGGUGGUGAGAGCCGCUGUGAUGGGCGAGUUGAAAUCUCUCUCAAUGGCAUGUGGAACAGAGUCCUGGAUGAUGACUGGGACAUUAAGGAUGCUCAUGUGGUAUGCAGACAGCUCCAGUGUGGAAUUGCCGAGAAAGCCUAUUACCUUCCAAGGUCUGAGCGAGGCACUGGUCUUGUGGGCUUAAGAAGUGUCCAGUGUGCUGGAAAUGAGACUCAGCUAAUGCUCUGUAAGACCUUCCAUUCUCAGACAGUGCCAACGGGAGUUGCUGAAGAUGUUGGUGUGAUUUGCUCAGGUAGCAGACAGAUCAGGCUGGUGAAUGGAACAAAGCGCUGUGCUGGGAGAGUAGAGCUUUAUCAUGAUGGCGUCUGGGGCACCAUCUGCGAUGAUAAAUGGGAUCUAUCAGAUGCUAAUGUUGUUUGCAAACAGCUGGGAUGUGGACAUGCCAUCAAGGCAUUUGUCUCUGCUCAUUAUGGCCAAGGCUCAGGACAGAUCUGGCUGGAUGAUGUGAACUGCACCGGGGCUGAAUCUGAUCUCUGGGCAUGUCCCUCUAGGGCAUGGGGCCAGCACAACUGCCAACACAAAGAGGAUGCUGGAGUCCUGUGCUCAGAGUUCCUGGCUCUGAGGCUGGUAAAUGGCACUGACUGUGCUGGGCGGCUAGAAGUUUUCUACAAUGGGACAUGGGGGAGCAUUUGCUCCAAUCGUAUGUCUCAACUCACUGCAAUAACUGUAUGCAAACACCUGAACUGUGGAGACGGCGGGGAAAUCGCAAGAGACUUCAAAUAUGGCAGCGGUUCUGGGCCCACAUGGCUGGACCACGUUGAGUGCACUGAGCGGCAUAGCUCUCUCUGGCAAUGUCAGUCAGACCCCUGGAAUCCUCAGUCAUGUGAUAACCGAGCAGAAGAGACGCAUAUUUCUUGCACUGGAAGAAAAGAGGCAACAUCUCCAGCCACAGCUGCUGAGUGUCCAAACUCCACAGGUUGUUCAGACAGGGAGAAGUUACGAGUCAUAGGAGGAGAGGAUGGAUGUUCAGGCAGAGUGGAGAUUUGGCAACACGGUUCUUGGGGAACAGUCUGUGAUGAUUCCUGGGACAUGGCAGAUGCUAAUGUUGUAUGCAGGCAGCUGGGUUGUGGAUCUGCUGUGUCUGCUCUGCAUGAAGCUGCCUUUGGGGAAGGGACUGGUCCCAUCUGGUUGGAGAAGGUGCACUGCAAAGGAACAGAGCUGUCUUUUUGGGACUGUCCUGUCAAUCCCUUGUUCAGCAAAAACUGUGACCAUAAGGAAGAUGCUGCUGUGAAUUGCUCCGGUAUGACAGAAACAACAGCAUCACCCACUAGAGCAGAUCCUCCCCGCCGCCCUGCAACAGACAGUACGAGAAUUUCAAUGCCUGUCAUCCUCUGCGUAAUCCUGGGGGCCCUUCUCUGCCUGGUCCUUGCCAUUCUUGCUGGACAGAUCCGAAGCGCCAGAGCAGGGCAGAGAGGCUCCAGACUAUCCUACGACCCCUUCUCUGAGGCCGUCUAUGAAGAGAUUGACUAUAACCUGAUGAGGGAAAAGCAGGGCAUGACCGGCUUCUCAGAUUCUUAUUCAGAGAGUUCAAAAACAAAGGCACAGUUUUAUAGUAGGGACAGUGAUGAAGAAACUGGUCCUGGAACAACUCAAGAGGUCUCUCCACUGCCUGGAAAUGCCCUGGAAGAUGGUUAUGAUGAUGUGACAGAAGUUCCUGGACCUAAAGAUGCUUCUCUUUCUGGGCAGAAUGAACAGGAAAUCACUGGGAUCCCUGAAGAAAGUGACAGAAACAAGGAUUCACAGACAGACUGGAGUCCUAAUGUGUCAGGAAACAGGACGUCUGAGAUGUCUGAGAGACAUUCACUCCCUGCUCUUGAAGAUACAGGCUAUGAUGACAUUGAAGAGCUGGGACACUGACAGAGACUGCUGAGCUGUACUGACCACUUUCGGAAAUACACCUCUGUUCAUAAAAUGCUAAUCGGGUACUAGUAGAACCAGAACAACCUGCAUUAAGGAUUAGUUUACCUAAGUUUGCUUUAUUUGCAGAGCAGCAAUUAUAUACUUAGAAGGAAAACAAGCAUGACUGUUUAGCAAAUCUUUCUAAUUUCCCUUAUAAUUUCUUGUUGCCAAGACUGCAUGGACACUUUUGCUUUUUACUUCUAAAUAUUUUCAUAGUAAUUUUUUUUCUACUGAGUUAACUUUUCAACUUAUGAUAUUUUCUUAUUAUAAACUGUUUAAAGAUCUCUUCUCAAAUUUAUGCUUCUCCUCACAGAUACACAGGGCAGCUUUCUGGAGAUUAUUAGGAAUAGAGACUAAACUGCAAGAAAAUCAUCAAAGUUCUAUUUCAUCUUUUGGAUAUUCUUUUUUGUCACACAGAAUGCAAGGACUAGAAUUCAUUUUCUAAGUAGUGUUUUGUGAGAUGAGAAACUCAGCAAGAGGUUAUUCUUGUCCUCACUUUAGGUGCAGAUCUGUCAUUUGAAGUAGAUACAAGUGAAUCACGCAUUUCAUUGGAGGGAAAAGCCCCUCUUCUCUUUUCUCCUUCUAUACCAUCAUGAUUUAUUGUCUCCCAAAGUCAUACCAAUUAUACAGUAAGAGAAUGUUUUAUUUCUUUCCACAAAUGGCAAGUGGUGGUCAUACCUAUAGCUGUCUGUCAUGUCAUUUCUUUUAAUCAUAUGAAGGCAGACUGAAAAAGUCUGCAUGCUGAUGGAAUAGAAGGUGAAGUAUUGUCUUGGCUCCUAAUUAAAUUUUUUUCAGGUCCAGGUCCUGAAACAAAAAGCCUCCCUUGCAUUCUGCCAUCUCUCUUGGCCUCCACCUUGGCCAGUAUUAUUUUAGCAGCUCAAGGGCCUGUGUUUCUGAGGAUGCAUGGAUAAAGAUCCUGACCCAAGGGAAAAUACAUAAUUUCUAAAGAGCUUGCACCCUCCUAGGGAACCUUAAAGAUUUUGCCCUUGAAAAACAACACAAAUAUGGACACAUAGGAGGGGUCAGGUCACAGUUUAUG